AUGGUUGCUCUCACCGUUUUAAUCAUGGCUGGUCAGGAUUGGAUGAAUAAUUUUUUAUUAAGACACCCAGAUUUAAGCUUAAGAAAAUCUGAAGCAACAUCUGGUGCUCGUGCUAUGGGUUUUAAUAAACUAAAUGCAAAUAGAAUAUACAAUUGCGAUGAAACUGGUAUCACAGUUAAUCCAAAGGGACAGUCAAAAGUGUUAGCUACUGAAGGGAAACGACAGGUUGGCAUUAUAACAUCUGCUGAACGUGGAGAAACGGUUACUGCAGUAAUAUGCUUUUCAGCUAGUGGCAGGGCAACAAAAGAAGAUCCAGUUCUAUUACUCUUUGAUGGUCAUUCUUCACACACAAAAAAUCUUCCCGUUAUUAAUGCAGCUAGAGAAAAUGGAGUUAUUUUAUUAUGCUUUCCACCCCAUUGUUCACAUAAACUACAACCAUGUGACGUAUCAUUCAUGAAACCAUUGAGCAUAUAUUAUGAAGAUGAACUUAGAAAAUGGCUCCGUUGUAAUCUGGGCAAAGUAGUUAAUGGAAAUAUUUCAUCGUUAUUUGGUGCAGCUUUCAUACAUGCUGCAAACAUAAAAACUGCAAUGAAAGGUUUUGUAGCAACCGGAUUAUGGCUUCUGAACAAUAAUGUUUUUAGUGAUGAAGAUUUUUUGCCAUCGAUCGUACUGACAUUGUACCAAGUACUUAGUCAACUGAACAAGAUGCUGGAGUAA